GGACAGCGCUCAUUGUAUGCAGAUGAUCAUGGUUACACGGUUUACAAGUGUAUUGAAUACCUCGCGUAGUAAAUGGGCAUCAACCUCUUAAAUAGUGUUGGCAUAUUUUGGAUGCGGUAAACUAGUGAACAGGAAAUUACUCAAGCGCGCGGUAUUAUAUCGUGCCUACAGCGGUAUGUUUGAUCGUGAAAUAUACAUGUAUGUACUGUGAUUGUGAAUGGAGUGAUUGAUGUUAAAUGUGCCAAGUGUAUUCAGUGUUGACAUGACUUAACAAUUUGGAGAUGCUAACAUCAAUUACUAUCAUACGUGUAUGACUUAUCAACAAAUCGCAGACAAAUAGGUACAUACUGUAUGUAUAUGGGAUAUAUACUGUAAUCAUUUAUGCGGUGUGCAAUUGUACAUGCGACAGUCGUACGUAAGUUGUAUGUUUUAGACUGUUCUUAUUGAAUGCUUUGAAAUUGAGCUUUUAUAUACGUACAUCAAAGUAGCUCGAAGUUGGAUUAGUGCAACUAAUUUUUUAAGGAGUGAUAUGAAGUUUUUACGGUGUCUAUAUGACUAAUAAAAAUCACAACGUAGCUACACAGAUCAGUGACUGGGCGUUUGAGGUGACUGAAGUUUGUGAUAAAGCAGUCGUCCGUAUGACAAUUUAAUGUCCUGAAGGGUGAAACGUAAUAAACAAGUAUAAGCACAUGUAUUGCUUUCGAAACAAUAGAUGUUGAUUUGACCGGAACAUAAAGUGCAUGUUCAGUUACGUGAAUACAGUGUAAUAACUGUUCUUAUUUGGAUGUUAAAAGUUCUGUCUGGGAACGCUUAUGUAAAACAGUUAACCGUUGAAAUCAAAGUGGAGAGUGCUCAUCACGACGACUAAAACCGGACGUUUUGUACAUUACCAAACAUAUAGUCCGUCUGAGUGCAAUAUUUUCGGAUUGGCCAAAGCGACGUGGAAACUUUGAACUGUGCAACUCUCGCGAAAACGCAUGUAGUGUAAAUUUAAAUUUUAUCAUAUAAUAUUAAAAGUGAGAUUAUUACAUUACAGCAGAUAACACAAACUUUAACGACAUUCAGUUAGAGAUGUAUGAAGAUUACAGAACCGUAACUUCGAGAACGAGCAUUUUUAACGCAACAAUUUAAUAUAUAAUUACCAAACUAAACGUACAAACUGUUAGAGCUGAGACUACCAAAGUUAGAGCCUGGUGUAUGAAAGAUCGCGAAAACGCAGGCUGCUAUAAAACUGCACGUACAACUUUUGAAACUUUGACGAAAACGUCAGUCCCUGGUGUAUGCAAGAUCGCGAAAACGCUGAAAACAAAACAAAGUCUGCGCUUUGAAUCAUGGGCCGACGCCGACAGAGUAACCCGUCGGCCACUAGUGAGGAGGCGGUGGAGGUGGAGGAGUUUCACCCCCUGAACAGCAAGGGUGCGGACAGCCCACGGGAUGAAAACCCCAGGUCGGGGGAGGGGUUGGUCGACUUGCCUAAGGAUAUGCCAGAAGAGUAUGGAAAGCCUUUGCAGCAUGAUCCAAAAUUUAAAGGUCCCAUCAGCAACCGGUCAUGUACAGACAUCAUAUGCUGCCUUAUAUUUGUGGUUUUUGUGGCGGGGAUGGCAGUUGUUGGAUACUUUGCAUUCUCCUACGGCAAUCCUCGACUACUCCUAUAUCCAAUGAAUUCAAACAAAGAACUGUGUGGUUAUGGGAAUCAGAAGGGCAAGGACAACUUGGUGUUCUUCGAUCUGAUAGCAUGUGGCAAGAUGGGCCCAGGUGUGUUUGUUGAUGGCUGCCCCACCACACAGAUAUGCGUAGAGGAAUGCCCAAAGAAGAACACAUUUUACAAGCUGGGAGGUUUAGUACCAGGUGCCAAAGAAGAAAUUGAAAAAUAUUGCAAGGCAGAUUCUGACAAAACAAAGCCUCUGGAUAAACGUGUGACAGACAACGAAUGCCCUGCCUAUCUCCUAGAGAGUAAACCAGUUCUUCACAGAUGUGUCCCGAAGGUGCUUGCUGAUCUACUGGAGAAAGUCGGAUCCUUGGAGGAGAAUUUGAAAAACGCCAGCAUUACAAACAUUACUAACAACAGGAAUGAGGUCUUUGGUCCUGAUGAUAUCAAAAAGGGAUUGGAUGCGUAUGGUCUGUUUUUGAAGGCCAAGGAAUAUGGAGAAAAGGUCAUACAGGAUGUUGUUGCCUCUUGGUGGAUGAUACUUCUAGGGUUCCUUCUAGCAAUGAUAGUGUCUCUCAUCUGGAUCAUCUUGAUGCGAUGGCUGGCUGGCGUCAUGGUGUGGUUCACUAUCCUGCUCUUUGUUGUCGCAUUUGGAUUCUCAUCCUACUGGUGUUUCUCCCAAUAUAUGGAGACCAAGGGGACCGAGCAGUCGUUCCACAUUCACAUGGCUGUCAUCAACUUGUCUUUCUCACAGGAGAAGUUCUGGCUUGGGUUUGGCAUAGUAUCGGUCGUGAUCCUCGCCAUAGUGUUGCUGAUAUUGUUGGCACUGUGCCAAAGAAUACGAAUCGCCAUUGCUCUAAUCAAGGAGAGCAGCAGGGCGGUGGGAAGCAUGCUGAUGACACUCGUGUUCCCCGUCUUCAUCUACGUUCUCCAGGUGGCUGUCAUUGCAUACUGGCUUGUCUCGUCAGUUUACCUGGCUUCAUCAGGACGGGAACCUUCUUUCGACUUGAUGAACAACACAGACCUGACCUUUGGGAAUGGAUCCUUUAAUUACGAUGUGAUCUCUCAGAAAACCCACACUUUGUUCGAUGAACUCCCAUGCGACUCACAGGCAAACAACACAUUGAGUGAAUUUUGCGGGGUGUUGAAACAUGCACAAGAGGGCAAGUACACGAUCUACCUACAGAUCUACAAUCUGUUCAUGUUGUUCUGGAUGGUGAACUUCUGUAUCGCUCUCGGAGAAAUGGCUCUGGCCGGGGCCUUCGCCUCGUACUACUGGGCUUUUGAGAAACCUCGCGACAUACCCACCUUCCCGCUUCUGUACUCCGUCGGGAGGUGCUUCAGAUACCAUCUUGGGUCGCUGGCGUUCGGGUCUCUGAUUGUGGCCAUUAUUCAAAUCAUCAGGGUCUUCCUGGAGUACCUCGACCACAAACUGAAGGGGUCGGAGAACCCUGUCGCUAAGUUUGUACUGAAGUGCUUGAAAUGCUGUUUUUGGUGCCUGGAAAAGUUCAUUCGAUUCCUCAAUAAAAAUGCAUACAUCAUGGUUGCAGUCCAUGGAAAGAACUUCUGUUCCUCAGCAAAAAGUGCCUUCAUGUUAAUUCUGCGUAAUGUUGUGAGGGUGAUGGUUGUGGAUAAAGUGACAGACUUCCUUCUGUUGAUUGGAAAGCUUCUUGUGGUCGGAGGCGUAGCCAUUGCCUCAUACUUUUUCUUUGAUGGGAGGAUUUCCUUCUUGAAGACUUACCAGCCAUCUCUCAACUUUUAUGUUGUCCCUGUUGUGUUGGUGACAAUCGGUUCAUACGUGAUUGCCUCCUGCUUCUUCAGUGUUUAUAGCAUGGCAGUGGAUACACUGUUCCUCUGCUUUCUGGAAGAUCUGGAACGCAAUGAUGGAUCCAAUGAUAAGCCAUAUUUCAUGCCCAAGAAUCUCAUGAAGAUAUUGGGUAAAAAGAACAAGCCUAUAGACCAAGGAAACAAGUGAUCCAUAACAACAAGAAAUUUAUUUUACAGUUGAUUUUUGAACAAUAUUUUAAUCCAUAUUUUUUAUAUUUGAAUAUAUUUUUAACGUCUCGAUGACUUAACAAUAACAAGAUGCAACUGUGUUUCUCUGUACAAUUGCUGUCAAUUUGGUACUUUACAAACUUCAAUCUUGCCAGACACAAAAUUAGUAUUUCUUUCAUUCAUUCAAGUCACAAGUGUUGUUGUUGUUAAUUUCCCUCAAAUACUUUUUCGACCCCUUUGCUAUGUAUUUACUAAUUUCUUUGCCAGGAAUCAUGCUCAUAAUCUGCCGAUAUUUUAAGUCUUUCAGAAAUUACGUUUUGUAUUGAAACCCUUAACAGUACACUUUUGACAUUCAUAAUCAAUUUUAUUUUUUAGAGAAAAUAUUAAUUAGGGUUAAGUUUACUUACUUAAAAAGCAUAUUUAUAUAAGCAUUCUUAUUUUGUAGCACGUCAUUUAUUAGUCCCCUACCAGUUUCACCGGAGGGGACUUACGGUUUGCGCUCUGUGUGUCCGUCAGUCUGUCACACUUUUCUGGCUCCUGUGAUAACUUUAACAAUUCUGAGUAUUUUUUCAUGAAAUUCAAAACAUGGAUAGAUGGCAAUAUAGACAAUUAUGCACGUCAUUUCAUUUUGUUCCUACAUCAAAAAUUAUGGUUGCUAUGGCAACAAAUAGACUAGAAAU